UGAGGUCAUUCCGGAGAGGUGAGGGGGAGACUCAAGGUUGGUUGUACGUGAGGUUGGACACGGUCUGGACCAUGCGUCACCCCGUGACCCACACGUGAACUGUUGUACAGCAUAGACAUCAUAAAACGUUCAGAUUAUGAUUUUGGGUGAAGAAUAUGCAUCAUUCAAUCUAUUCAAGCUAUAGUAUAACAUGUCCAGGCACAGCAGAGGAAAAUAUCACACUGAAUUAUGACUGUCAGUGUGCAUAUGGGACUGGGGGAAAACUUAAGAUUAAAGAACUAUAUACCUAACAAUUAUCCCAAGCCUGUAUCACAGAUCUAAAGCUUCUACUUUUGAACUUUUGCUCUUGUGCAUCAAGAAGUACCUCACAAAUCCAGUAUUGGGUUUAUGGAAAGCACAGUCCAGUCCAGAAGGCAGGAUCAACCCAGCAUCUGUGUGUGAAUAGUGACCAUGUUUAGCAGCCAGGAAUACCUGGAUAAGAAAACUGGUCCGUCCGGUGUAGGGCGGCUACAGUACCUCCAGUCACUGGUCACAGAGUUUCAAGAUACAGAUAAAGAAGAUUGCAAGGAGCAGGUUUUAGCCAACCUGGCCAAUUUUGCCUAUGACCCCAUCAACUAUGAACACCUCAGGAAACUCAAUGUCAUCGACAUGUUUCUAGACUCCCUGACAGAGGAAAAUGAGAGGCUGGUAGAGUUUGGAAUUGGUGGUCUCUGCAAUUUGGCUCUUGAUAAACAGAAUAAGGAACACAUUCUAGCCAGUGGAGGUGUGGACCUGGUUAUCCAAUGUCUGUCAAGCCGAAAUGAGGAAACAGUGCUGAACGCCAUCACUACCUUAAUGUUCCUCACCACACCUGCAUCAAAACCAGCUAUCACUAGUCUCUCAGUAGUGGAGUGUAUGCUGAGAUUUCAACUCUCCAAAAACCCCAGACUCAGCAACCUGGCAACAAUCUUCCUAGAGGAUUACUGCAGUAGACAACAGGUGGAGGCAGCCAGACAGGCCCAGACUGGUGAUGCUGUGGGGAUCGCACUGCCUUCAGAACCUCAGGAGACAUGA